AUUUUACUUCCAUUUUAGACAUCUGUGCAUAAACAAGCAGCUAUUAUUUGUGCAAGAAAAAAGUGCGUCAUUCUAAAAGGGAAUUUUGUGAAAUAAAAUAUUAUUAUUCUGAAUAUUUAUACAAAACCAACGUUUUGAAAACAAUUUAAUUACUUUAAAUUGAGUGAUUAAUUAAAUAGCAACAUGUCAGGCACAUCUCAAAAAUACAGAAAUUUCGUAGCAGAACCUAUGAGUGAUAAACCUGUCACGGAUCUGGCUGGCAUAGGAGAAACUUUAGGUGGACGUUUAAUAGAAGCUGGUUUCGAUAAAGCUUAUACAGUGCUGGGUCAAUAUUUAGUCUUAAAAAAAGACGAAGAACUUUUUAAGGAAUGGAUGAAAGAUACCUGUAAUGCUAGUUCCAAACAAGCUUCUGAUUGCUAUAAUUGUCUCAACGAUUGGUGUGAAGAAUUCUUGUAAAUAAUUUUAAGUUUUUUUAUUUAUUCCAUAUUUUUGGAGAAAAAAAAUUAAUAUAAUUUCAA